AUGUCCAUAACCCACCAUCGCCAGCACCAGUAUGGGCUGCAGCUGCCCACGUCGGAGGUCAAGGACCUCCAGGAGGAAUUCCUGGACAACCAGGAGGUGGAGGUGGAGGUGGACCACCUGAAGACGCUCUUAAUACCAGACAAAGCAGAAUUAAAUGCUAUAAUUGCGGAAAAUUCGGGCAUAUUGCCAGAGAAUGCAGGCAAUCUUGGCAAGCAGGAGGAAGAGGAGCCUACUGAGGAGGAGGAAACUAGAGAGGCAGAGGCCAAGGAGGUAGAGGAAACUGGAGAAACUACCAAGGCGAUCCAUCUGCAAAUUGCCCCUACGUUCAAGUCACUCAAUGGGACGGAAAUCCAAGCUCUCCUCAUCUGCCAGCAGUCAGCAACCCAAUUCCAGUAG